UAAGAACAUUUCGCAACAAGAUGGCGGCUCCAAAGAAGAGUGUGUCCGCGUUGUUUUUCCUUCGGACACUGGCUUUUUUUGUGAUAUAUUUAUCCGUCCAAGUUGAGGGUGAGUAGUUUGGAUGUAGGCCUAGGCCUUGUCAGUAUAACAUAUAAAUAUACUCGCAUACAAAUGUUUUUUGAUACCUGUGUUACUCUUAUAAAUCAGUAAGACUUACGACGUUCACGUAACUUACAUUUUUACAAUCAAAUGAAGCAUGACGAGUCUUGUGCGUAGUUAUACUCUUCAUACGUAAGGGUUUUGUCUGGUUUUGUGUUAUCUUUAACCAGCGAGACUUCAUCUUCUAUCAACGUGUAAAACCCCGAGGAAAAUAACGUGAUGUAUUUAGUCUGCCAUUCACCAUAAGUAACUGAUUCUGGGCAUAUUUUAUGAUAAAGGAGUUUAAUAUGGUCGAAAACUACGGGACAUUUUAACGUUGCUUCUUCUAAACUAUUUCAUAUGUGGGCUUGACUGCAGAAUACCCUGCCACUUUAAAGCAACCCCUAAAAUAGGUGGAUACGCGAUAUGCGGAUACUCAGUUACUACGUAUGUGUGUAUCCACUUAGUCACUACGUAUCAAACUAUUUCAUAUGUGGGCUUAACUGCAGAAUACCCUGCCACUUUAAAGCAACCCCUAAAAUAGGUGGAUUCAGACUCAGUCACUACGUAUCCGUGUAUCCACUUAGUCACUGCGUAUCCGCAUAUCCAUGUAUUCACCAAGUAAAUAUCUUUAAAAUGAUAGUCACUGCAUAUCUGCGUAUCCACUUUGAUAUACACCUAAGACAACGUAAAGAGUAUACAGUAUGUCUGUUUGUCGUUCUUAACACCACUGAAGGUAGAAAAGCGCAUACAAGGGAUAACUGCGUACCCACGUAUCCAGCUCUAUCAGGGAUACAGCUUUGAAGUGGCAGGGUAUUCUGCAGUUACUCCCACGUGUGUCUCAUUGCGAAAAAUAGAAUGUCAUAUAGCUUUCUCACUUUGUCAAACUUGAAAAAUUCUCUUGAGAAUUCCAAAAUGUUGUAAUCCAUGCUUGUUAUCCUGGAACCAGCACAGGUGGCCCAGACGUAGUAUGUGUCACUGAAUGAAUAUAUUAAUAUUCACAUGGACAAAUUAAUGCGAAGAGUUGGCAAAACUCCCAUGGACUAAAAUAGUCCAAAAGUCAAAAUAUAACAAAACAAAGCUAAGAUACCUUCAACUGAACGUAUCCUUGUCUUUCCUGGCCGGUUUAAGUGGCAUUGUGUUGAGUUUUGCAAUUGUUGGUAGUAUCCACUAAACAAGAAUUAAAGGCUGGCACAAAACAAACAGACCAUCUCCACAGGCCUUCACAUGAAGUACUAUAAAUUCGAGAAUAAUCGACGAAUACGCUUCAAAUUGCCAUCGGCUAAUCUGCAGGUAACGUGUGCUCCUGCUUCUGGCUCGCUGGCUCCACAAAACCCAUUGCAACUGCACAAUAAUAAAAUUGCUCGCUCAUCAACAACCACUGUUGACCUUUACGCUUCGAUAUGACCGCAAACUACCAGGUUUAAUAUGCGAUGUGAAUAUUCAAGCUUAGCGACCGUGUUCGCGCAACAAUGCAGCACUUGCUAUGGGAGGGAUGGUACUAUUGCUUCUAGGUCAAUCAAUUGGGAAAAUAAUAUUGAAGCCCUUGUAAUUUUUAAAAAGAUCCAAUUUGCCCAAGGAUCACUGAACAGAUACGAAUCUUAUAGCGGAGCUAAAAAAAAAUGAGCGGCAGUGGAAAAAGUGAACAAGAACAUGUACCACAUUUUCUCCAUAAAAAGUGAAAUCCAGGAAGUUUUCUGGACGUUUCACGUUGCAGUCAUGCAAAUCAACGGCAAGGAAAUGUACAAGAAAGUGUGCUGCAGUUAGACCUAUUGUUGUUUUUCACAGUUCUGGUCAAGGGCAUCCAACGUUUAAUUUUUGUUAUUUCACUCACUGGGCUAGGCUAUUUUUCGUAGAGAGUAAAAAGGAAUCAUAAAAUUUUCGGAUUCAAAAAUGUGAUGAAAGAAGGAAUCUGAAAAAUUAUCUCCUUCGUAAUACGUUAAAUUGCAUCUAAAAUUUUCGGGAAAAUAAUUCUGAAUUCCUCUUAAUUUUGAAAAGACUCAAGUUCCUCUAGAAUGGCUGAACACUGAGAUGCAAAUUUUAUAGCACCACUUAGAAUGCCUCUCUCUAGAGCUAAAAGUACUUUAUGAAUAGCUACAAAAGUGUUUUCAAAGUAUUUGAGGAAACAGUCGUUGGGUGUCCCUCUCUCGCUGCCUUCUACGCUUAGCAUUACACGAUAUAUUUUAUAUUUAGUAUGAGCAAACUAUAAAUCAUUAGCUUGGCUUUUAGCCCUCCUGACUAAAUUUAUGUAAGUGCUGUUUAGAAUGCAUUUUUAGAUCAAAAGUACUCUGGACAGCCUUAAAUGUGUUUUCAAUGCAUUUAGGGGGAAAUCAUCGUUGGGUGCCCCUGAGUUUUGAGAAUAAUAAUAAUAAAAAAAGAUUUCGCGCACAUAAAUUUUACUUUACGAUAUCUUCAGUUAUAUCUUCUAUUCAGCUGCAUAGCCAGGGCCAGAUUUUGCCUUUUUCCUGGGCGGAAAAUUCUCGUCCUCCUUCACCAGUUUGGACAACAUAUUAUGGAGUAAGACGUUGUUAAUCUAAGCAAAUAAGUCUGGUAGAGUCAAGGACCUAUGCAAGCGGCUGGACGAACAAUGUGACAGCAGCUGAGACAGCGAACGUUAGAAGAAUUCGAACUUGAAAACCAGAGCCGCCCUGUUGAAAACUUACGGACGCUCCCGUGAUCGCCUUUUGUUUUCUGGUCAAAACUAACGCAGCGAACCUUUGGUCAGUGUCGAUUGACCUAGAAGCAAUAGUACCAUCCCUCCCAUAGCAAGUGCUGCAUUGUUGCACGAACACGGUCGCUAAGCUUGAAUAUUCAGGUCGCGUAUUAAACCUGGUAGUUUGCGGUCGUAUCGAAGCGUAAAGGUCAACAGUGGUUGUUGAUGAGCGAGCAAUUAUUGUGCAGUUGCAAUGGGUUUUGUGGAGCCAGUGAGCCAGAAGCAGGAGCACACGUUACCUGCAGAUUAGCCGAUGGCAAUUUGGAGCGGAUUCGUCGAUUAUUCUCGAAUUUAUAGCGUUUCGUGUAAAGGCGCGUGGAGAUGGUCUGUUUGUUUUGUAGCCAGCCUUUAAUUCUUCUUUAGUGGAUAGUACCUACAAUUGCAAAACUCAACAAAAUGCCACUUAAACCGGGCAGGAAAGACAAGGAUACGUUCAGUUGAAGGUAUCUUAGCUUUGUUUUGUUACAUUUUGACUUUUGGACUAUUUUAGUCCAUGGGAGUUUCGACGACUCAUCGCAUUAAUUUGUCCAUGUGAAUAUUAAUAUAUUCAUUCAGUGACACAUACUACGUCUGGGCCGCCUGUGGAACCAGCCUCGCAAAGCUCUAAAUAUUCAUAAUUUAUAUCGUUUUUACGUGUAACGUUAAAUUGUGUUGAAAUACUGAAGCAUUUCGUCAAGUUAAUUUACCAAUGUAAAAAAUGAAAAGCUGACAUUUCAACAUUUCGAGCAAAAACCUUCAUGAAACGAUGGACUGAUGUAUUUGGAACAUUACAAUGUGGCUUCUCAAUCUGUUUACAGAGAAUAAUUAAAUCUGUUAACUUUACUGAACUGCUGUUUUGGAUAUACUGUAGACCCUCUAUAUCAGGAAGGUAAAUGUAUAAUUAACAACUAUUCCACAAGUGAGCAUUUUUUAAACAUUUUCCUUUUGAGGGGAAUUACUGUACAUGUAGUGUUUUUUUUUCAGGGCAACCUCUUAGGCAUGAUAGAAAACCAACCUGGCAGGACCGACUCAUAGAAUGGUGGAUGUCUGUAAGAGGGUUUUGGGCAAGUCUCAUUGUUGGUGGAAUCUUGUUCUCUCAGGUGUUGGUGAAGUUAAGAGAAAGAAACAACCCUGCAGGCUCAGAAGUAAGGAUUUCACUGUUGUUACAAGUAGUUUGGUUUUAAAAAAUAAAAGCAAAAACAAAACAAAUUCAAAAGUGAGUUUUCCUGCUGUAGACUUUACCAUCUGUCUGCAGGAAGGGAAAAGCAAGCAAGUUUAGAAGUUGUAAAACUAAAUUGACCACCACAUUGAGCUUAAUAAUGAAAACAUAGUCGUUAAAAGGUUUGUAAAUUAAGCUCAGAAGUAAGGAUUUCACUGUUGUUACAAGUAGUUUGGUUUUAAAAAAUAAAAGCAAAAACAAAACAAAUUCAAAAGUGAGUUUUCCUGCUGUAGACUUUACCAUCUGUCUGCAGGAAGGGAAAAGCAAGCAAGUUUAGAAGUUGUAAAACUAAAUUGACCACCACAUUGAGCUUAAUAAUGAAAACAUAGUCGUUAAAAGGUUUGUAAAUUAAUUUUUAUUGUUAGUCAUAACUCUAACAGCAUUCUCAAAUCCGAUUGGCUAUCAACUGUCCUGAUUUCAGCACUAAUUGAUAACAGAACCAUGAAUUGGUAACAGAAUUUCCUGUUGUUAAAUUCGGUCUGUAAUCAUAUUCGUGAUAAAACAAAUCAGACUCCCGCUAAUUGUUGUUUGAUUUUGUUAAUCACGAAUAUGAUUACAGACCGAACUGGACUCCACUCAGUCAUAUUACUAUUAUAAAUUUGUACACUAUGUCUUACACAUACAGCUAUAGACAUAUUUUAAUUGUAUAGGCUAAACUUCAUUUAGUUCUUGACUGGUUAAGAUAAAUAAGAAUUACUGGUAAACCCAGCAUGCAAUUCUUUGAUUCUCUUAUAUAAUACCACUCCUCUAAAACAUUGCCUGUAUAGUAAUAAUGUUUGCAAUUUACUUGUAAUGAAUAUGCUGUUACUGUCAUGUACAGAUUUUACAGAUGGGCAUCUUGAGUCUUUCCAGAGUGUUUUUGUUUAUUUGGGUGUAAGGAAACUGACAGGUCUACUUGUUAUAAAUAGUCAAUAAUUGGUAUGAUUUCAAUAGGAAAGUAGAGCAGCCAUUAAGGAGUCUUCAUCACUUCCACAAUCCAGGAUUGAAAAUACUAGACAAGCAUCAAGAUCUGACGGAUUAAAAAUCUUCUUUGGGACACAGACAGGAAGGGCAAAGGUGUAAGAUUUCACUGUAAUUUCCCAAUUCUUUAGUUAAACUUCCCUGUCUCAAACUCUGAAGAGGGUUCACAGAGUGAGGAGUUUCAAACUUAAGGUACAUGUACAUUAAGGAGGACUAUCUCAUUUUCUUUAUUGACAACUAUUACAGUCACAAGGCAGUCUACAGAUCAUCCACCUGAGAUAUAAUUACUGCUUAUACAUGUAGGGACUGAGGACUAAAUUUUAGCCAGGCAAUAUUGUCCGGACUUCUACCUCAACCCUCUUGCCAGCAGUUAUAGAACGAAGAUGUCAAAAAGAUAACUUUCUUUCUUUCAAACCUUGGAACCCAUACAAAUGUAGGACACCCAGAUGCCAACCUAGCUAAAACUUGCUGGACUGUUCGCGAUGGUGAGGUGUUGAAAGCAGCAGAUGGGUGAACAUGUUGCACUAUGUUUUAGAGAAAAUCAAACUCAAAUUCUUCUUUUUCCAGAUUAUUUUACAAAGGGCACUACCCAACUCUGCCUUGUACAUAUUCAAAAAGGGGCAAUUUUGUCAGAUGUGAAAAAUCAAUAUCAGUUAUUUUGACAUGGGGAUGAGGAUCUUCACAAAUGAUUUAAAGUAACGUUGGUUAAUUUGUCAUAACAGUGCAAUGUAAUUUUUUUUGUAGCACCUAGCACAAGAUCUACAUUCUCAGGUGGAGAAGCUGGGGCUGAAAAGUGAAGUUGUGGAUUUAAAGAACUAUGAACCAGAGGAUAGUCUUUCGGAGGAGGUAAAGAUUGUGUCAUUCUCACGGCAGUUAUCUUAAAAGCUGUGACCAAAAAUGAUAGAUGAUGCUUGAUCUACAUGUACAUGUCGGACAGCUCAGUCCUUGCCAUGAUAGCUCUUUACAAUAGUGGCCUUGAGAUUUGACUACAAUGGCCCGAGCUUACCUGCGUGGGAGGCUAGAGCUUCUGGAGAACCCUGAUUAAUGAUCAUUAUGAAAAAAGCGAAAAGAAUCAAACCAAAGAAAUAUCGUCACUGAUUCAUCAUGUCACAUGCUCGAGGCAAAAAAACUACAAAUCCAUGAUGUCUAAUUCACUGGUCAAAUCAAAGUUUGCAAAAUUGCUAUUUUAUUAGAUCUGCUAUAAAGAGAAAUACAUGUAAAUCUUAAUAGUGGUUUAUAAAGAGAAUGUAUACAUGAUUUGAAAUCUACAGGUGAACACAUGUGUGUUUAUCAUAAGCACAUAUGUGGAUGGGAAUCCACCAGAGAGUGCACAGUGGUUCUACAAGUGGUUAGAGGAAGCUUCUAAUGAUUUCCGUGUGCAAAAAUCAUUGCUGCAGGAUUUGGAAUAUGCAGUGUUUGGCCUUGGAAAUUCUCUCUAUGAAGAUAACUUUAAUAGGGUGGGUGCCUGUGAGCUUAUCUUUUAUGUUACCCUUGGAAACUGGAUAUUCUUUUCUAAGACCUGUAAUAUUGAGCAGUUAACAUCUCGAACUCCAGAUCUGGGGGUCCGGGGUUCAAGCCUCGCAUGUCACCUUGUUUCCUUAGACAAGGAACUUUAUUCCACUUUGUUUCUCUUCGCCCAGGUGUAUAAAUGGGUUGUUCCAGAAAAAAUCCACACCCCCCCGACAGAUGGGAUUCUGGAAAUUCUCGCGGGAGGGGGGGUCGAAGACUCCGGAAAUCCAGGCGGGAGGGGGGGUUGACCUUAAAAAAGUCUUCUGCAGGGGUCAUUUCGACCGAUAGUUGAUACAAAUCAAACGUUUAGUUCGAUGACACUUAAGCGCUUUCAGACCCUGAAAAUAGUCAAAAUGUUGUUCAUAUAUUUCUCACCUGACAUAAAUGAUAAUCUAAGUUGCUUUACAGGUCCUUUUAUAGCAGAAAAUGCGAACAAGAUACUAAAGAACGGGCCUGAAGGAACUCGUCGCAACGUUGUUGUCACGAAGAGCGUCAAACGCCUGACACAUUUCUACUCGUACCCAGAGCCCGCGCGCGAAGAGCGAAGAGUGAUUUUUAUAAGCUAACAAAUUAUGUAAACACUCGUUCAGGUGUCGUUCGCAUUUUUGUUUUUUGCUCCUUUCGUUUUUAGUUCCACGCGAUAGAAUUCUUAGUUUAAUAUAAGCUGAAGCUUUAGAAAUUAAAACAAAAACAUUUAGACAUGUUUGCGUGUAUUUUCCAUUAAAAAUAAAUUAAAUUUAAGCCUUUUAUUUUUUCCCGGAAAUCCAGGCGGGAGGGGGGGUCUUCCACCUUGGAAAUCCAGUUGGGAGGGGGGGUCUUGUGCUUCAGGAAAUCCAGGUGAGAGGGGGGGUUAAAAAAGGACCCCAUCCGUCGGAGGGGUGUGGAUUUUUUCUGGAAUAACCCAAUGGAUACUGGCAACAUACUGCUGGGGGUUGACCCUGCAGUGGACUAACAUCUUGUCCAGUGGGGGGUAGCAAUACUUCUAGGCAUGCUUCAUGCUAAGGAAACCGGGAUAAGCUCUGGCUGUUUGGGCCUUUGACUUGUGUCUACCUUUACCUUAACUUACCUUAAUACUGGGAUGCACUGCAGUAGUUACCCAACAGUAAAAGUUGCCUGUAGGUCUAUCCCUCAAUGCUGAUAAUUUUUAGACUGCUAAUGAAGAUGCAUUGUAUAAAGUGUGGACACGUUUUGUGUUACAGUUUUUGUACAUGUGCUUAUACACCUAUACUGGGUGUAAGCUCUGGUAGUCGGUGCUAAUUUUUGUACAUGCAAAUGGUUAUUGUUCUUUCCUUGAGAAAGAUUUGGUUUCUUUAAAUUCAAAAAUCCGGGUUUCUUGAAACUCAAUUAAUGUGAAACUUGAGUCUCAAGACUGAAUUUUUGCAUCUUGCAAUCCAAUUACUGUAGUUCAUGCUUCAAGCCUUUUUCAAGAAUAACUUUCAAAGAUUGUGUCAAGACUUUCAACUGUGCAUACCACUGCUGCAGAUUGCCUGGAUUGUCAUCCAUAAUAAUUAUUGUACCACAAAUUGCUGGGGACAACACAAAAAUUAAUUCAUAAUAUUCAUAUUGUACUAUCUAUAUUGACAAUGUACAUGGUAUGUUUCAUAAACCCUGUAGGUUGGAAGGAAUUUAGAUAAGUGGCUUGAACUGCUCAGUGCCAAAAGAGUGUUUCCUUUUGGAGUAGGAGAUGAGAAUGUAGCGAAUAGCAAACACGGAGGUACUGUACUAAGCAUUACUUGGCAAAAGUACUCAGUGAAAUUCCUUUCCUCCCCUUUGUAUAAUACAGUUGUGUGUAACACUCCUAAAGAUAUCUGUACUUGCUGACUAGCAGGCAUUUUUGAGUCCAGCCCUGUUACCAUAAUGUGAAUGGUGAAAUUUUUGGUCACUUUUGGUGUCUAAGAUUAUUAGAUUAAUGUGACCUUAUUCUACAUUGACUCCAGUUAACUUUGAUUGUACAGUGUGCAUGUACUUUAUUAAAUAAAAUACAUGCACACUGUAUCAUCAAAGUUUAAAAUGUUUCAUUCCAGGUACAGAGAAUGAUUUCAAAUUUUGGAGUUCAAAGUUGCUGUCACACUUCAAAGAAAGUAAAGAGGGUUCAAGUCAAGGCAGCUGUCAUUGUUCUACUGAUUCUCAAUCAGCUAACAAAGCUUGCCAUCAGAAGCAAGACAGGGCUGACGAGGAGUGCAGGACCCAACAGGAUGAGGUGGGGUGGUUGGAUCAAUGUUUUUAGUACAAUCGCCUUCGACAUACAUGUAAUGAUUACCACUGGUAACAAUAUUAAUGAUGAGGUGCACAUACAGAUGCAUGUAUGGUGAUCACAUCAGCAUUGUGGGUUUAGUCAGAAAAAUAGCAAUUAAUGUUAAAAUAUUGACACAGUGUACCAGAUACCCACUUUCCAUGUACAUAUAAUGUCAGUUCAGGCCACCCCAUGCUCAUUUUGCAGACACACGUCAAACGAUAUUAAUGGGGUCAGUCUAAAGAAAAGGAGUUUUUUAUUGACAUGGUUGAAGAAAUUCAUUCAACUUUUUCACUCUCCAGUGCUUCCUUAACUUGGACAGGAAUCUUUGCUGCCCAUUAUUUCUCUCCCAGGUGUUGUUUCUGGGAUCCAAUGACUUUCUGCUUGGGGGGCGAGAGGGGGGGGGGUCUACACUGUCAUAGACAAUAGUUCUCUACCAAUGAGUGCCCUAGAAUUGCUAUGUUGUUGCAACAAUGCACUAUUUUGACUGCACAUGACCAAGCAGUUCCCUUUGCCUUUAUGUAUAUUUCAAGGUCUUGUAUGAGAGUACCAGUGAAGAAUCUGCAGAUGAAGAUGGUGAGCAAGAAAGUGAGGAAGGCUUGCUAGACAUGGAAGAUUUAGGACCUAUGAUGAAUAAAAUGAGAAAAACUAAGGUAAAAUAUCACUGUGCUGUGAUCUAAAGCCUUACAACAGUACAGUGUUAACUUUACUUAAAAAAUGCUAUGAUCAGAGAGUGCCAGCUUACAAUGUAUAUUAGUUCUUUGUGUAAAAAUGGUAGAUCAACUCUAAUUCAUCUCUUUUUUGUAGGAAGAAAAAGAAGCUACAAAGCUGAAAGGGCCAAAGAGAAGUAUAGGUAUGAUCAUUAUGCAUUUAAAGAAGUGAAUGGUUUAUUUCCAGCUAUGCAGAUGUGACUAAAUAUCUUGUAACUUUGACCCUUACUGUGUUGCGUGUGCUUCAAUGAACACCAGACAAGAUUUUUGACGUAUUUUUGACAAGUUGGAAUGUUUGAUGUCUGGCAAGUGGCCUAUCACAGUGGAGAAAAUCUUGCAACAAGGCAGCGAAAUGACAAGUUGAUCAGCUGAGAGGCUGAGAGCGUGUUUUGAGUAAACGGCAUGGUGGCUUAUCAGGUGAAGGUGAAGUACAGAGAAGAAAGGUUUUGCACUUUCUUAAUCAAAGAUAUCACUUUUGCGAAGCUUAUGCAGGAGAUGAAACACAACUGCUUGCCACUUGCACACUUACCCUCUUCAAACAUUCGUGUAAUCCAAAGUUACAAGAGAUGGGUAAAAAAACAAAACUGGUCAAGGUGUUCAGAUGGCUGAUUUAAAUACUCUUUAGGGUGUUUGUUAAAAUCCAAAUAAGGGUUAAGGUUAUAUCCAAACCACAGUACUGCGUUUUACUUCCUAUGAUUUCUCUUUGUUAGUUCAAGGACAUUUUCUUUGCUCAUUUUUGGCAGACUUGCAGUACAUGUACUCUAAAUAAUUUGUCAUUUUUUACAAUACCGUUAAACCUUUUUCUAUAAGCCUGCCUUACAGACAGUCUUCACUUCAGUAUACAUGUAGUCUGACAUGUGGCCCUGAUGAAGGCUAAACUAAAAAAAUCCUGGCAUUUUAAGAUAUUGCAGAGAGUAUCUUUUCAAUCACCCACUUCUCAGUACAACAAUCCGCCCAUCCUGGAACACCCUGUGAGCAAAGCUUCUUUUUAUCCUCUUGAGCGAGGAGCAGAAAAGGAAGCUCUGCCUAAAUUGCUGUCAAGCCUUUGAAAUUACUGAAUCUCAAACUUUUGGACUAGUCAAUCUUGUUUUCUUUCUGCCAAACUGGUAUUCAGAGUGUGAGCGUCUGUUUAUUGAUAAACUGAUGGUCAUAACCCAGCCUGCUGUACCGAGCAUGUGGCUAUUAAUCCUUUAAGUCCCAGGAGUGACCAACAUAAAUUUCUCCUCACAAUAUCAAUACAUUAUCAAAAGAAAAGGUUAGGAGAUUUACUAAAAUGACCGCCUCAGGGUAAAUGCUUUGAUCUUUUAUCAAAUUCUCUCAACUAAUUCUUUAAGAAAAUGUAUGGAGAUCACUUUGGAGAAUUUGUAAGUGGAUAUCGGGGCUUAAAAGGUUGAGUUGGAUACUGUAUCCUAGCACAACAUGCAGCUCAUGCCCAGCAAAGAUCUUACUCAAUCCAUGCUCAGUCUAGUUUCUUGAGUACGCCAAACUAAAGCAAGUGAAACAAAGGCUCUGCCAGCAGCGUGAUCUGGCAGAGGUGACGUUUAGGUUUAGACAAAACAGUUACACCUGUACACUACUAUUAGAGACACAGUACUUUAUAGGGAAUGAUUACUUUCAGAUCUGAACUUAAAAAUAUAUAAUUUACUUAAAAUGCAGCACGUUGUGUUUAAUAUUUUUAUUUUUAAGGUAAAAAGAAAAAUGUAGAACCUAAAGAGAUGAUUACUCCAGCAUUGGAAAAGGCUUUAACAAAGCAAGGUACAUGUUUUAAACUUCAUCGUUAUAGUUUGAACCAGGAAAAACCACGAAAUUCCUGAAAGUAUUUGGGAGUAUUGAUUUACUUUGUACUUAUGACCACAAACCCCAAACCAUUGCUAACCUUACAUGUGGUUAGUCUCCUUACACAUUAAAAGAGCUGAAGGCAUGCUGUGAGAUCCAUACAACUAGAGCUUUUCCUUGUUUCUGUUGCAUAGAACAUGUAGAAGUACUGCUACUAAUUAUGUACGGUAAUUUGCUCUGUAAGCAUUCAGAUCGGAAUUCAAAUUUCAUGCUGCAAACCCAUAUUAUUGUUACCCAGCUUUGAAUACCAACUAAUCCAUACCAUUAAUCCCCGGCAACACAAUAAACUUCUAGAAGUAUUUCCAAUGGUAAGAGUUAAAAGAUUUAAGUAGUUUCACAUUAAAAAUGGUAAACAUACAUGCAUUAGUCUAAAGAAAAACCACUGUUAAACUGAUCUUUUUCCAAAAGUUUACCAAAAGUCUGAACUGGCGAGCCAGACCAGUCAUUUUGAAUGCAAAAUGUUGGCCUUUUCUCCAGAUUUGCCGAGCAUACCAUUUAGGAAUAAAUUGAUCUGUCUAGAUAGUCCUUAUUAAUAGUGGAAUCUCUUUACAAUGGAUUGGUCUUGCUGGCUAGUUCUAAUAAUGGAAAGUGCCCUUCGAUUUCUAAAAUUGUAUUUCAUUUUGUCCUUCCCAGGCUAUCGUUUGAUUGGAACUCACUCUGGAGUUAAGCUUUGUAGGUGGACAAAGGUGAGGUCCCGUUCGAUUUAAACUCAUCUUCAACUGAUUGGGCAUUGGGACGGGGAAGGUUGGGGCUAAAACAACCUGCAAAGUUUUCGACACAUAUGCACGGGUCGAAGCCGUGGCACAAUGUAAACGAGCCCUGCCAACUUGUGGGGCACCCCACAGUUUAGUGCAUGGAUGGGUAAAACAAACCUUGUGUCCGGUGUUCUCUCCUACUUGUCCCUGUGGAACGAGAGUGUGACACAGGGACGAGUAGGAGAGAAACUUGGGAACGAGGUUGGGGUAAAACCACUGACGGCAUUGGCCCGAGGUAUACAUUCCUAGAUUUCAUGUAGCCACAUUUAAAAUUUGAAUGGAGACACUCAGUAUAUGCCACAGUGUAUUAUGGCAUUUCCAUUUUAUUAAAACCUAAAUACAAGCUAUUUUGUACCAUUUGUAUACAGAGGAUGAGAGAAUCGUACGUAACUGACGCAUCUUUUGUGUUUGCAGUCUAUGCUGAGAGGUCGUGGUGGCUGCUACAAACAUACCUUUUAUGGUAUUGAAAGUCAUCGCUGUAUGGAGACCACGCCAAGCUUGGCUUGUGCAAAUAAAUGUGUCUUUUGCUGGAGGUAUGUGUUCAUGUAUUGGCUUAGGUGGCUGUAAGUGAGGUUGUAGAAAGGGAGCUUUCGGAGUUUUAGACAGCGAACAAUGGUGGCGCAGUGGUGCGAGCACUCGCCUCCCACCAAUCUGGCCCGGGCUCAAAUCCCGGUUUCGACGCCAUACGUUGGUUGAGUUUGUUGUUUGUUCUCUCCUUUGCUCCGAGAGGUUUUUCUCCGGGUACUCAGGUUUUCCCCUCUCCUCAAAAAACCAACAUUUCCAAAUUCCAGUUCGACCAGGAAUCAGGUUGACGAAGAACCACUAUGUGGAUGUGCUACCUCCAAAUCGUUAUUUAUUUAUUUGUUAUUUUAUUUAGACGUUUGUCGUUUGACUAAAACGAACACCCGCUUUGAAUAGUCUCCCUUAGCGUUGCGUGACGAGACAAAAACAGCUGCGUGGGAGACUACGCCUUGGACUUUUACUUUUAUUAUUAUUUUGCUGUUAAGGGAAAUUUUAUUGUUUGCUCUCCAACUGUUUUACAGACAUCACACCAACCCUGUUGGAACAGAGUGGAAAUGGAAGAUGGAUGAUCCAGAUACAAUUGUUAAUGGCGCCAUGGACAAUCACCGUAACAUGAUUAAACAGUUCAGAGGUACAAAGGGCCCUCGUCAAUGUUUAAAUAAUGAGCGACCUUGAUUUGAAGCCAUACUGUAAAUUGACUAACCUGUGAAUAGGUAUCUGCGCCACAGACGGAAGUAAACGUCUGAUUAAGUCCGUCUGCGAAACGGCUCUGAAAUCCUUGUUCUGGGCCCCCGCCUGUGUACCACGAUUUGAGUACGCGUCAUAAUGAGCCUGUUUAAAACGCCACUAUCGAUUUGCCAAUCAGGUUGGAGAGAUAUUCGAAACGCAUUUCCGGUAAUUCUUUGAGUCCCUUGGGGACAAGGAACAUUAUAUCGGCAUUACUUUAGCCUGUUCACAGACCCUUUAUUUUCCCUUUAAAGUCCGUCGAGCGCGGGUGAUAAGAUGUAAACCGCAGGGGAUAUAUUGACCACCAGUGCAAGGGGGUAGGGGUGGGUGAAAAAGAAAAUUUUUCUAUCUCGCGCUCCGCGCUGGUUCUCGCGCAAUCGCUUCGCUCUCGAGCUCGCCGAUGUUUUCGAAAAGAACGAAAAGAAAAAUAAAACAACGUCUGUGUACAGGCUAGCAUUGCUUCGCAGACGUUACUAACCGGGGUUAGAUCAUGUCUGCUACGCAGGCUAGUGAAUAGGCUCCUGGGGAAGUAAGGUGAAGGACGCUCGCGCUUUCUAGCUUUCUCGACGUUUUGUAGUUCACAAGAGUCAGCUUGUUCACAGGUUGUGAAUGGACAUUACAGUAACCGUGGUGCCUGCCUUGUAAUGAAUAUAGACCUGUAGAUGCGAGGACAAGGACGACUACUAUUCUCGUAUUUUACAAAUAUAGACACCCCGGAAAGCUUCAUUGUACUUCUUUCACCAGAAAAAUCAGCGCGUUUAUUUUUAUGGAAGGAGGUUAAGCUCUCACCCGAGCACAAUAUGAGAAAACUGCUAAAAGUUGACAACUUGCUUCCACCAUUACGACAUUCUCCUAAAACCUGCAGAAGAAGGACGACAUCUAUCAUGUUUUCCCGCCAAAAUGACGCUCGUUCACGCGCGCGCACUACGUAGUAUUGAGACAAUCUCGUCCUCGUAGUCGUCCUUGUCAUAGAAUCUAAAGGUGUUUAUUGUAGUGGACAGACAACUACCCCCAAAUUGACUUCCGUCUUAGAAAGGAUGACGAUGUGUGCUGUUAGAGAGAUUUACUAGAUUUAGAGCGACGUUUACGGCAAACUGCAAACGUCAGAUUCAAGUUGAGAAUUUCUCAAAAUAGAAAACGUGCAGCUAAAAACAGCCCAAAACAAUUGUUAUAGACAAAACUAACAUGUAGCCACAGGGUGCAAAGAAAAUCAUUUUUACAGCUUGCCAUUCGGGCAAGCUGAAGCAAGCAUUUACUAGCCCAGACGUCAUUUCAACUAGCCCCAAAAGCUUUUCGUCGAGCAGAAUUGAUUUCACACUUCUUCUGUUAUUCGAAUUCCUCAAAGAACAUCACUUGCCCGUCGGACAAGUUAAAAACAGAUUUCACUAGCCCGAUAGCAAAAUCCACUAGCCCCGGGCUAUCGGACACUACUUUCUUUGCACGCUGAGCCAGUAAUUUAGGCGUAGAAGUAGUGAACAGUAAAGUACAAGUUAAGGGAAAACUUGGUCACGUGGUACAAAUUCACAUUUGCCGUUCAUCAGUUUCAGUCGAGCUGUACAUGUUAUUUAAUGGCAAAGGAGGUGAUUCCUGCGGACAAGAGAAUCAUAGCUGCCAAUUUUCUAAUCUCUGCCUGGCUAAGAAAGAAAUGCUUCGGUACUCAUAAAAAGUUUUCACUCAGUGAAUACCGAAAAACAGAUCCUUUGAGCGAACGCCUAUAGAACAAUAAUGUUUUAUUUGUACCAUUUUCAGGAGUUCCUGGCGUUAAACCCGAACGAUUUGAAGAAGGAAUGAAGAUAAAACAUUGUGCACUCUCACUUGUGGGUAAGCAACAUUUUCUUGUAAUACUAAAUUGACCUUGGUUUUCCUGUGAGAAAGGACUUUUGCAAGCACGUUCGACAAAGGAAAGGAAAGAGAACUGCAUGCUAGAGGAAGUAUUUAAGAUAUUGAAUUAGAAGAGUAAGUUCUGCUUCUUUGAGACGCCAAAAAAAGUACGUGUACUUUUAAAACACUUCCAGCGUCUAUUAAAUGAGUACUUAAGGGGAAUUUCAGCUGCGUUUACAUGUCUAAGAUUAAACGAAGCUAUGUAGUGACUUAAAGAAAAGAACGACUUGCAGACGCUUUCCUUUUUCUAAAGCUGAGUAACACAUGCUCAGUUGGGGCGCAACGGUCCAGUUCUGCGUUUCGCCUUUCUCGCGUGGGGUGAUUUUCACGUGCGCUCGCGUUUCGCUCGCUGUAAUCUCCCUGAGGAAAAUGGGGACUACUCGUAGUCUAGCUAUGGGAUGACAUCCGAGUGGAGAUUCGAAUUAUUGUGGUAACUGUCUGUGAAUUUUUGAUGACGGGAAAGGAAAUUUAGUUCGGGUUAGCGUUCUAGUUAUCAGAGUCCGAGUUAACUGAGUAAAAAUGACUGAUAAGCGGGGUGAAAUUUAAGGGAAAUGGGACUUGGUUCGAGUUAGCGGGGAGUUCGAGUUAUCCGAGUUCUAGUUAUCGGGUUCUACUGCAUAUAUGAUUUGCGCCUCGUUGGCUAUAAUCUUACUUCAUUUCUCAAGAGCGAACAGAACAUAAUUUGUUGGGUGCCUUUUAUGAUUUUAGAAUAGCAGCUCAAUUACCACAACUUCUAAGCCAAUCAAAACUCUGAAAAUGCCGCAUUAUCCAAGGGCAAGCGGCAUUCUAACGUUUAGAGUGUUCAAGCCAGGUAUGUGAUAACUAUACAGAUUACCCAAAUAACUGUUUUAACAAUUGUUUUGUUUCAAAGGUGAACCUAUAAUGUAUCCAAGAAUAAACGAGCUUGUCAGAAUUCUUCACGGACAUGAAAUUUCUUCUUUUCUCGUCACAAAUGCACAGUUUCCUGAUGCUAUAAGGUGGGUGGUCUGUAGUUUGUUGUAAAAUUAUUUUUAAAUUCUCCUUUUGCGUUUUUUAUCAUUUUUCUUGCAUGUCGCCUUUCCUUCUGGGAGACGAUUUUACGCGCGCUUUGCACACUCGCGUGUUUUGCUUGCUGUACUAUUGUGGGGGAAAUAAGCGACUUCUUGUAAACGCCUGUACUUAAGUUAAUUCUAUUUAUUUCUGAAUGUCCAUAUUGAUAAAAUAAUAACAAAGUAAAGAUUGUUACUGACCAUUACAAGAUCGCACUUUCAGUAAUGAAAAGUGCCGUUUGCAAGGCAAAGGAGUACCUUCAUUUCUUAGUUAUUUUAAAAUCCUAAGUGUUGGGCCAUGCAAGGGGAUCGAACCCAUUAUUUCCCGCUUUACCUACUGAGCUAGUCAUGCAGGUGUUUAAGCAAAGGUGUUUUUGAGCGGCGCACGCCAGCUGAAGGUGAAACCUUUUGUCUUCUAAUAUGCCUUGACGCUACCAGAAUUGUAUUGCUAACACAGGAGUUUCGUGUGAAUAAAUGAAUUACUUUUUUAAAGUCUCACCUUGAAAAAUGUCUAUACCUGUCGCUUAGCACGAUUAAUUAGCCCAAUGGGAUCUUUAUAAAUCUACUGUAAACGAUUUCUUCGCUUCUUAUCUGACCCAGGUCGACUUUUGAAAAUAGAUGACCGCAAUCCAUAUCCUCGCUGGCGCAGGCACGUCGCCCGAAGGGUGACCGAAGGCUGUCGCCCGAAGGGCGACCGAGGCACGAAGUGCCGAGUAAAAGAAAGGACGUAUUUUAUACUGUAAGCCGAUCUUGCGAGCCCUCAGUCUCUUGGUUUGCGGUCUAUAGAAUGUGUGACGAAACUGUAACGCGAUCAAAAUAACCCAUUUUUUCAGAGGUUUUCGACGGGUUUUGAUGUUCUAACGACAGACACAUCUCCUCUGGACCCUGUGUUGCUAAGCGGCCGUCCUCUCAUAAGGACCAUCCGCUCACUUCCGGCUGACAUGCGUCGCUCAAAAACGUCAUUGCUCAAGCUUAGUCUAAACGGAGAACCUCCGGCCGUAGUGGAUCGUAUAGGUCCUGGGUACCAGCACCGUAGCUUUACGUUGGCUCUCCUUACAGUGCCUCACGUUUACAGUGAAACGUGAAGAAAGUGAACGUGAACAUGAACGUUAACAAUGAAACGUUUUUCCUUCAGAAAUCUCAUUCCAGUAACGCAGUUGUACGUGAGCGUGGACGCCAGCACAAAAGAAAGUCUAAAGAAAAUUGACCGUCCUCUCUUCAGGGAUUUCUGGCCUCGGUUUUUGGAUAGUCUCAAGGCUUUAUCAGAAAAGGUUUGAUAUUGCUCAUAAUAAAGUUACGCAUAAGACGAGGUUAGCUCUGCUGUGUCUAAUGGGACGCUCUUAGGGACGCUUGCGCUACUUUCAUUGGCUAUUGCGACUAUCACUAUUUUUAAAAUUCGUCCCUCAAAACGGUCUCAUAAUGCAUUUCGACACAGGACCGGCCCCGUCGCGUAGCCUCAAAAUGGCCAGGGCCCAGGCAGUUGUUCGAAGUCAGAUUAGCGCUAACUCGCGGUUAAAUUUUCUUUUGCUAUUCUUUUGCUUUUGCUCAAAAGGAUUUUCUCGGAUAACUACUAUAUCUCUAUUCUUUUUAGAGCGUCCAAUCAUUAAAUUGGAGAGAAAAAGAAUUUUAAAAACUGAAUUUGCUUUUUAACCUUUCAUAUCUGAAUUCAAAUUUUGCACUAAGGUUACAAUAUCUUAACCCAGCUUUUAACAACCCGGUCCAGUAUUCUUACAUGACUUGGCAUGCUAAAUUGGAGAGAAAAAGAAUUUUAAAAACUGAAUUUGCUUUUUAACCUUUCAUAUCUGAAUUCAAAUUUUGCACUAAGGUUACAAUAUCUUAACCCAGCUUUUAACAACCCGGUCCAGUAUUCUUACAUGACUUGGCAUGCUAAAGAACAGGCAUAUUCCGUAUCAACUUUACUAAAAAAUCCUUUUUUACGAAGCAAGCCCUCGAGCCUGUUGAUGUGAUCGCUCCUCACCAAACUGUCUUGGCAUAUGUUUUUUGGAUCAAUUUUAGUUUUUGGGAAACUACCCACGUACCCCUCCCCUAAGUCAACGUGUUGUCCUAAGUGAGAAGUAAGUGAAAAUGUUGGCUUAGGGGAGGGGUAGGCGGGCAGUUUCCCAGAAACCUCAACUGAUCCGGUUUUUUUGCCCUGUACUUCCGUCUUAUACAUACAGUAUAUGAAAAAUGUUGUUGCCGUUGUUGUUAAUACAGGACGCAUUCGAUGCCAGCCACUAUAAAGGCCUACAAGGUAACUAUUUACUGACAUAUUUUAUUUUUAGGGUCAGAGAACUGUAUAUCGCCUGACUUUGGUGAAAUCGUGGAACAGCGAAGAACUCCAAAACUAUGCUGACUUGGUAUCUGUUGGUCAGCCCGACUUUAUUGAAGUAAAGGUAACUUAGUACGAGCACAUUUUACCAAUAGUGUAGAGAAUAUACACAACUGGAACGCGCUGAACAUUGGCAACUUAUGCGGCAUGAAGUGAAACAAAAGAGUACCAUAAACUGUCGCUCAUAAGCUCCCCGUUUAUAAGCCCAUCUAACUGUAAACAAAAAAUACAUCAGAUUAAAUGAGCCCCCUGCUCUCCUAAUGUAUUGAAAUGAAUUACAACAACAACAACGACGACAACAACUAUUUUUUUUUUGAAAAUCAACACUAUAACUAAUUAUAUAAUUUUCCCACCCGUAAAUGUCCUAGGGAGUAAGAGGAAGAGGAAAGACACUUCGAUUUAAUAUGACGGUUUGAACACCAGCGAGAGAUCAUAAUUGGACUGACACCAGUACAUGUAAAACAUAUUUUGAUCAGCACUGCUAUAGCGUGUCUCGAAGCGCUUUUCCUACUCCGGUUAUAAUCACCCCAGGAUAAGAGCCCCUCGGUUUAUAUGCCCUGCUAAAACUUCCUUUCGAAGAUGUAUAAGCCCAGAGCGUAUAAGCGGCAGUUUACGGUACUUGCCCUAUUAAGUGUCGUCAUCAUUAAUAGGAAACUUAAGCAAGGACGUUUUUAAGCGACUGCGCGUCAACCGUUUUGCGUUACUGGGCAGCAAUUUUUCCCAAAUUUUCUGGCAAUUCGUCUCAGUAAAAGUAAAGAUACUUAGCACGACACAUUUGGUAGCGUCAAGGUAUGUUAAAAGAGAAAAAGGCUCACUUCCGGUUGACGUGCGUCAUCCAGAAACGUCUGUUUUUAAGCUACCUAAUUAAAUGCUUGUGCAUGGUGCCAUACCAGUGUAAACUUUUCAUAUCCGCCCGAGAAACUUAACUUAAUGUUCCAUAUGUAAACCUGUCGUGGACGUUAGCUAAACAGCUCUUUCUCGUUUCAGGGUGUAACGUACUGUGGGGAGUCUAAAGCGUCAACUCUAACAAUGAAGAAUGUACCGUGGCAUGAAGAGGUAUUUGUAGGGGCUGAAUAAGAAAUCUUAGGUGAAAUUAGUUCAUAAAGGUAACAAUGACUUGAUGCUCUUUUCCUUACUCUUAGGGCGCCUUCCAUUUGUCAGUACUGACCGACCAGACCAUUCUCGCCGCAAUGAUAAUUUCCCUUUUAAUCAAAACUCUCCAGCCAGAUCGGUCAAAUCCUGAAUAGUAUUCACCAAAGGAGAUGGUUUUUCAGCAAAAACUCUUGGAAAAAGCCAUUUCAUUUUCAAAAUGACUGGUCGGGCAAUGGUCCGGCCAUCCAGUCCUGACAAAUGGAAAGCGCCCUUUAGUAAAUCCUUUCACUGCUAAUAAUAGAGCCUGCGAACGCUGACGUAUUUCUGGUCGUCGCUUCUCUCUUCUGUGUUCGCAGGCUAUGCUGAUAAGAGCCAAAGUAAAAAAAUAUAUAUAAAAAUAAAAAUUCAAAGUUUCGUUUCCGAAAAUCAUUAUAUUUGAAUAGCUACACCAUUCAGGAUUUUGUCCCAGAUGCAAAAGUUAGAAUGUCAAAUAAUAUCACCGUUAAUCAGUUUAGAAGGGAAAUGGUUACGGUUCCUUUGUAGUCUUCUGUGUGGGUAACAUUGAAGAAGGGACAAGUAAAAAAAUUCUGCAAACCAACUUAGCACCAGAAAAUGCUAGAACGUUUGUUGCAAACAAACUUUAUGAAAUAAAACUGUAUUUCUUUGGAUUAUAUUCCUCAGGUUAUCGGCUUCGUUCGGCAGCUAGCUGACUUGCUGCCUGAUUACGAGAUCGCUUGUGAACACGAACAUUCCAAUUGCCUCCUCAUUGCUCAUAAAAAGGUACGAUUUAACUUUGUUCAAGGCUAGAACAUUCCUUUCUCUCUUAUCUUCUCUUUUUGUUCUCUUUCACGAUGUGCUUGCACAUGUUUGUUUCCAAGGAUGCUUCUUGUUUUUUGCUGUUGUAAAUUUCUCCAUGAUUUCUCUAAGUCUUUUAAUGCCUGAUAACUACUUGUUACAUUUGCAUCAUACCUUUGCCAUAAGUGUUUAAGUAAAAUUUCAUGAACUGUACCAGUCUUUGAGUAACAGUCUUUUAAUGUCUGAUAUGUACUUACUCUUACACCACAACUACGUUGUACGUUUGUAAAACCCCGCGACUAAGAACAAGAACCUGGAUUUUUCCAAGUUAGCCUAAACAGGUUCUUAUGUAAAUGGUAGUUAGCACAAGUUUAGCCUAUUUAGACUCUUAAAUAGGUUCUUAUUUUCUGAAGAAAAAAAAUAGAGUAUAGCUAAGAGUAUUAAGUGUUUCAGCUUAUUCCUCGAAUAAAACCUGCACACCUUACAUUGCAGUUGGAGUGAUGAGACACCUUUGUCUCCAAAGAAGAUUCUGAAUGUUGACUUAUCUUCUUUGCCCAAGUGUACAGAAUUUUUUCGUAGAUCAGUUUUAGAAAAUAAGAACCUGUUUCAAAUCUGAGGCUAAACAGAUUCUUAUAUAGAGAUAACUGGCUAAUUUUAGCAUAACAGGUUUUUAAAAUGUAAGUUCUUAGUUGCUGGGUUUUAAUACAUUUCAUAAGCUGUGCCAGACAACUUAUUUUAGAAUCUAAAAAGGAUUAUUGUCUCUUGCAUCAAAUAUAAAAGAGGGCUAGUCAUCUUGAUCCGAAAACUUGUGGUUUCUUACCCUGGGAUUUUACUUUAUUUGCAGUUCAAGAAAGAUGACGGCUGGUAUACGUGGAUCGACUACCCAGUAUUUCACCAGUUGGUGAGUUUUGGCAUUCUAUGUAUUUCUUCCUCUUUUGAUUUGAUUGAGCACCAUUCAUGUCAAACCUUCGGCUAUAAAAGCUGUUUAAUGUUUUUUGUCCAUAAAACCAAUUUACCGCAAAUGGAGCACAAGUUAGGGCUUUUUUCGGUUUUCAAUUUUUACUGAUUUUGAAUUUGUUAAACCUGCGAUGUAUAUUGUUAUUUUAAACAUGUUAAGAAACUCAUUCAUUGUAAUAUGUGUAUAAUGGCUGGUUUAUCAUUUAUCUCAAACGAUAAUUGGUGAUCGCGGCGUUUUGAAUGCGUACUUCAUCAGGCGAUUUGUGAUAGUCGUCAUGGAAUUUAUCCAGCGAGUGUUCUUAGGGCCUGUUUACAUAGAGGUGGGGGACCCCAGGUAGGUGAGGUAACCGGCAGCGGGUCACCCCCCCUAUCAUGUAAAUGUCAUCAAAUUAAAAUAAGAGAUUAUAUGGACAGGUGGGUUACCCCACCUAAGCGGGUUAUCUCACCUACCUGGGGACCCCCAACUCCAUGUAAACAGGCCCUUGGUUAUAAUCGAGGUUUGAACCGAGGGCUUCUCUUUGCUGUAGUAACAAAAGAUCUUGUACAUUGAAUAUUCGCUUUGGUGUAGUAAGGGGGAUAAAUCACGUUUUAUUAUCGGAAAAAAUAAAUCGGUAAAGCCAUAGGCAACUAACGAACUUUCUUUCAUUGAAAGUUGUUUUACAAAAGCUGUGAAAAAUUCUCUAUUGGCUCACCCACCAGGUUGUCCAAUACACCCGCACUGUAACGGUCCGUAUAUUUGAAGAGUGCUUGUUUAGCCUUACGAUUUACAUAACGACGAAUUUCCGAUCCGUAUCAAUCAAGUAUACGGACCGUUACCAUCUGUACGGAUCGAACUGAUCGUACGAAUCGUAACGCGCUGUGCACUGAUAUAAUAAUGAAAUACACGCUUCGUAUGUGCUCAGAAUACGGACUCUUGGUAGCUUUUGACGGUUUGUACGGAGUGACGAUCCGUCAACUGCUCUUAACGGUCCGUAACAGUGCGGCAGUAUUGGACAUGACUGGAGGUUCAUGGUUCUACAUUUAAUUAACUUGUUUGUAACUUUUCCCAAUAGAUGCAGAAAUAUGAAGAAAGCAAUGGAACAGAGAGCUUUACUGCUUUAGACUACAUGGCCAAGACUCCUGAUUGGGCUCUAAUGGGGCAUGCGCAAAGGGGUUUUGACCCGCAGGAGACAAGAUGGCACCGCAAGAAAAAGAAAGACAUCAGUGGCUGUUAAACAGGCCUGCAAUUUCAGCGAAAUAUAAUUAAAUUACGAGCCCUAAGGUCUUUUGCGCUAGCAGAUCAAUGGCCCUAUCUGUUAAUACAAAUUUCUGACCGCUCGAACUAGAAAUUGUUUUUCCAGUGAUAGAUGCAUUCGACGGUCCAGCUCCCCGGGGGAAGUAGUAGUCAGUGGAACUGUUACGAAGUAAGGGAGUGGGAACUUGUAUUCCUUUAUAUUAUGAGGUGCGAUUUAUUUAAAUCUACACAUUUAUUUCUACUUUAAAUGUACACGGAUUUAUUUUACAGAUGGGCUCUCUCUAGCUAGAAAAAAAUGCUAUCAUUCUUCCCCUUUUUUGUCGUGGAAGUAUAGCUCAAUUAUUUUUGGCGGGUUUCUGGAACGAACCUGUU